GUCCGUGUGUGUAACGCUGUGCAUGAAGAAGUCUCUGUCAGAAGAAGUUUAACAAGAUGCAGUUCAUCAUAAAUUCCUGGAGGAAAAUUGUGCAGAGAAAAGGAGAAUUUCUUCUGUUAAUCAUAAUUUCUUGCACACUUCCACUUCUCUACUUGGAGAACAACUAUCUGUACUUAGAAACACCAUCACCCUGUGCCUGCGGACAUUGCCUUCACGGGAAGAACGAUUCCUGGUUUUCUGAUCACUACAACUCCUCGUACCAUCCGCUAAUGUCAGCCAAUAGUAGUGUCCUAAGCAAAAGUACAGAGAAAUGGUGGAAGGGUUUGCAGCGCGACAAUAAAAGACGCAACUAUAGCGAGGUUGUGGAAAAGUUGUUCAAAGUCAUUCCUAACCAGGAUCACUAUCUGGAUAGAAGUCCAGACCGUUGCAGGUUGUGUGCUGUGGUGGGCAACUCUGGGAACCUGAAGAACUCUCACUAUGGACCAAUGAUUGAUGCCAGUGAUUUUGUCUUCAGCAGGAUGAAUAAAGGACCUACCGAAGGUUUCGAAGAGGAUGUAGGAUCAAAAACUACUCAUCGCAUUAUAUACCCUGAAAGUGCUGUUGAUGCUGUUGUCACCAACUCCACUCAUCUCGUCCUGUUUCCCUUCAAGACACUGGACCUGGAAUGGUUGAUGAGUGCCUUCACCACACACAACAUCACAAGGACGCGCAUGCGUGUGAUGUCGACAUUAAAAGCAGAUGUAAACUUGGCGAUGGUUGUUAAUCCCACUUUUAUGAAAUAUGUCCACCAUGUUUGGCUGAAAAAACAUGGCGAGUAUCCAUCCACCGGAUUUAUGACUGUUGUUCUGGCUCUGCAUGUCUGUGACCAGGUCAGAGUAUUUGGUUUUGGAGCAGACAGGAAUGGGAACUGGGAUCACUACUUUGAAAGAACACCAAAACGUUUGAAAACUGGCAAACAUGGGGGCGGUUUUGAGUAUAACACAAUCAAGGAGUUAAACGAAAGAGACAUAAUUGAAAUGUAUCGAGGAUGGUGAGGGCCUUCUUUCUGAAAAUAUUGGCAAUCUAUGGUGAUUUGAUUUUUGGCAAAUUAUUCAUAUUUACAUCUGUAAUUAAAUGACACGAUAAUAUUAACAUCGAGAUUUGUCUUUUUUGGUGACCCCAAGAUGCUACAGUUAUGUAUCUAAUGGAUUCUCAUAUCGUAUACAGUACCAUCCUCUUCACUGUGCAUGGGGGCAAGAUAAGCUUGCCAGGAUAAGGACACA